AUGGUGCUUUCCUGGCUGGGUUUGCCCCGGGAUGGCAGCGACGAUGCCCUGAGAAUACUGAGCAUGCCAUCCGAGCAGCUGCCCCAGUUUAUGGCAACAGACGGCUUUACUGACCAACUGAGAGACGCAAUUGUAUCAUUUUGUGAACGUACUUACUGGCGCCGAGUCUGGAUACUGCAGGAGUUGAUUCUGGCUCAGAAGUACGUCGUCAUGUGUGGUGCUGGGUCCGUCACAUCAGAGUCACUUGACGGAGCUCUGGCCUGUUUCUCUCAACAAGCUCAACCUAUCGACACGAGGAAAGCGAGGGAGAGCUACCAGGGCAUAGUCACGAGCGCGGCAAACGAAAUUGUUCUUUCGAAGCGGCUUGCCAGUUUCUGCACGUUGAGCCGAUGGCUACGUCUCUGUCUUGAAGCCAAUUACCAAGCUACUGUCCCGCAUGAUUAUCUUUAUGCGCUGUUCUCCAUCUCUUCGGACAACGUCAAAGCCAGUAUUGAGGUAAGAUACAACAAGCCGAUUGCGGAUAUCUAUCGUCAGCUCUUGGAAUCGCUUGUGGAAGACCCUACGUCGAGGCUAAACAGAGACUGGCUGCUUGGCCUUUCGCAGAAAAUGGGCCUUAGUCACCAAGAAGGCAUCGCCCUCCUGAACUCGGAGUAUUUGAGGAGACAUGGCGACUUGGGAGAGCUUUUCACGGGAGUCGGUUCUGAGCCAGAAGCCCUGGAGUCAACAACAGCGAGCUUCGAUUCUCGUACAAGGGACGCCAUCCUGGCCUUCUUCAAGCGCUCCUACUCGAAGAGAGUAUGGAUCCUCCAAGAGUUAUUCCUCUCGCAGAAGUACAUCGUCAUAUGCGGCUCCAAAAUCAUCACAGACGAUGAUCUGCACGCCGGUAUAAACGCCAUCAAAGUCUUUUCGAAGCUUUCUGCUUCGGGACACGCGGGGCUCAUCAAGAAAACACCGGCGGUUUGGCAUAUCCACACCAAGUUCUUUGGGUUCCACUGGUUCAACGACCUCAGCCGAUUUUCAUCGGUUUGCUCCCAGGAAGACGUCGAAGCUACGGAACCGAGGGAUCGCAUAUACGCAUUUUUGUCGGUCUCAUGGGACUGCGCCAAUGGACUUCUCACUAUCAUGCCGGAUUACGAUAAGCCAGUUCGAACGAUCUUAUACGGAACCAUGAAGUUGUUGGCGAGCAGCAAUGCUUUUGCCAUUGGAGUUGCGACGUUUGGGACAUCACGGUGA